CUUAUUUACAUCGAACAUAUGAUGGGCACGCCGGAAUUAAAAAUCGUAUUGGAAUUCAGCGCAGGAGCUGAGCUACUUUUUGGUAACAUUAAAAAGAGGCAGCUCGCCUUAGAUGGUAGUCAGAAAUGGACUAUUGCCAAUCUGCUGAAGUGGAUGCAUUCCAAUAUUUUAACUGAACGACCGGAACUAUUUCUUCAAGACGAUACCGUGCGACCUGGAAUUUUGGUUCUAAUAAACGACACAGAUUGGGAACUGCUGGGUGAACUUGAUUACGAGCUGCAGCCCAACGAUAACGUUCUUUUUAUAUCCACUUUACACGGCGGUUAAUGGAGUUUCCCAAAGUUAAUUAGUAGUAAGCGAAACGUUUAUUUUUAUACGAAAACUCAUUAAAUUUUAACAGAAAAAAGCAAAAA